AUGCCCUAUGAGAAGUAUCUUAGUUUGCCAAUCGUGGUAGGUAGAGCUCGAGAAAAAUCUUUCAGGAGUAAUCUAGAUAAGGUGAGAAUGAGAAUCAGCAAUCACAGAGUGGAAACACUAUCUCAAGAUGGGAAGGAAAUCUUUAUCAAGGCAGUAGUUCAAGCUCUUCCAACAUACACAAUGAGUAUUUUCAAGAUGCCAAACAAUUUGCUUAGAAAUAUCAAUGGUGUUAUACAGAAUUUUUGGUGGGGACAGCAGGAGAAAGAGAAGAAAAUUCACUGGGUUACUUGGAGCACCAUGGGGAAGGCCAAAUCUGCAGGAGGCAAGGGGUUUAGAGACUUGGAAUGUUUUAAUCAUGCAAUGCUGGCUAAACAAUGUUGGAGAUUCAUUCAACAACUUGACUUUCUAGCUUCUUAG